AUGGUGCUGGAUCUAGAUUUAUUUAGGGCUGAUAAAGACGGCGACCCCGAAAAAAUUCGAGAAAACCAAAGAAAAAGGUUUAAAGAUGUUGCAUUAGUUGAUACUGUUGUGGAACAGGACCUGCUAUGGAGACGGCUGAGACAUGAGGCUGAUAAUUUAAACAAGUUAAAGAAUGUGUGUAGCAAGGAGAUAGGACUAAAAAUGAAGAACAAGGAGCCUGUAGGUCCAGAAGACCAAAAUGUACCAACAGUCGUGGCAGAUAACCUUACAAAUCUUACAGCAGAACAGCUCAGGCCAUUAACUGUUAAUCAAAUUAAAAAAGUAAGAGUGCUCAUAGAUGAAGCCAUUACAAAGAAUGAACAAGGCUUACUAACUGCUGAGAAAGCACGCUCUGCAGCCUUGAGAGAAGUAGGCAAUCACCUUCAUGCAUCAGUGCCUGUUGAUGAUGACGAAGAUCAUAACCUUGUUGAAAGAACUCAUGGAGAUUGUACUGUGAAACAAAAAUACUCUCAUGUAGAUCUUAUAUGCAUGAUUGAUGGUAUGGAUGGUGAUAGGGGCUCAGCAGUGGCCGGUGGAAGAGGGUAUUACUUGAAGGGUCCCGCUGUGUUCUUGGAACAGGCUCUUAUACAGCUGUCACUUAGAAUACUCUUGAAUAAAGGUUACACACCAUUGUACACUCCAUUCUUUAUGAGGAAAGAGGUUAUGCAAGAAGUAGCUCAAUUAGCACAAUUUGAUGAGGAACUCUACAAGGUAGUGGGGAAAGGUUCUGAAAACAAGGGAGACACUGUUAUAGAAGAGAAGUACCUGAUUGCUACUUCAGAACAGCCUAUUGCCGCGUAUCACAGAGAUGAAUGGCUUCCUGAGGCCUCUUUGCCUAUAAGGUAUGCAGGUUUAUCCACUUGUUUUCGACAAGAAGUGGGCUCUCACGGCCGUGACACUCGUGGCAUUUUCAGAGUACAUCAGUUUGAAAAGGUCGAGCAAUUCGUCCUGACUUCACCCCACGACGACGCAUCUUGGAAGAUGAUGGAUGAGAUGAUAGCUAAUGCUGAGGAGUUUUACCAGACUCUUGGCAUACCUUACCGUAUUGUGAACAUUGUUUCUGGUGCUUUGAAUCAUGCAGCAGCUAAGAAACUAGACUUAGAAGCCUGGUUCCCUGGUUCUGGUGCUUUCCGAGAGCUGGUUUCUUGCAGCAACUGUCUCGAAUAUCAAGCAAGAAGGUUACUUGUCAGGUAUGGUCAAACUAAGAAGAUGAACGCAGCCACGGAAUAUGUGCAUAUGCUUAACGCGACAAUGUGUGCUACAACCAGAGUCAUUUGCGCCUUGCUCGAAUGCAAUCAGACGGAAGAGGGCAUUAAGGUGCCUGAAGCUCUUAAGCCGUGGAUGCCGGAACAGUAUCAAGAUCUUAUACCUUUCGUGAAACCAGCUCCAAUCGACUUGGAAGCAGCCGCAGCAGCCAAGAAAGGAAAAAAGCAAAAAGAGGAUAAGAAAUAG